ACCAGUUCCAACUAUGCAUCUCUUGAUUUGGAUAUUACUUUUGGCUGUAGGUGGCUGUGAGGCAGUGUAUUGGCAGAAGCUGACAUGUCCCUAUGAACUAAAGCACGAGAGCCAGCUGAGGGUUUGGUGCAGGCAGAGCUCCACCGACUGCUGCAGCGGCCUCACCUUCAACCACAGUGGCCACUCACUGGAUGGAGGCAACCUAAAGGUGACCCAGCAGGGCUCGGCCUCCUUCACUGUGGCGGUGCUGCAGCCCAGCCGUGGAGAGGGAGUGUACUGGUGUGGUGUGCUGAGCGGAAAUAACACCAUCAUCAAGCUGGCUGAAGGCUACAUUCACAGCUUGUCCAGUGCGAGAUUCGCUCGCUGGAUUCUGCUGCCUGUGCUGCCCAUGGUGACCAUAUUCACCAACCUUUACGCCAGAAAAAUAACAAAACACAUUCCUAAAGAAGGACAGAGGAGCGUUAUGACGACAUCACUGUGAGCUGGAUGAUCACAGGUUCUGGCUUCAUUUCAGCACCAUUAAGAGACUUGAUGUCACAGCCCAGAAUCGUCCAAAUCGUGGUGUUUUUUAAAUUGUUU